AUGAGUUCCCCUUCCAAGGAUCAGAAUGUAAGUUUAGCCGGGCCCCAAGUAAGGUCCCAGGAUCGCAAAAAGUCUCCUAGUAAUUAUAAUCGACAAUUACAGGCACACCAAGUCAAGGAGGAUCGCCAGCGGUCAAAGGAGGAUAUCGACUCUUGCUUCGACGAGAACAAACGGACCGACCCCAGCUUGAAUGUGGUGCAGAAGCUCGAGGAGCACACUCGAACUGGUGGGUUUUAGGUUUAUGAAUUAGCAUUGUUUAAAGCUUUAUUGUAGAGACGUUUUGGCAGAUCUUCGAAAAGUAUUAUAUUGUAGUAGGCAAAUAUUAUAAAAAAAAUUAACAAAACUUUCGAGUUUUGACCUAUAAUUGUAACAUGGUUUACAAUAGAUAAAAUAUGACACCAUCGCGAAAAGAAUAUUCAACUUUUAAAAUCUAUCUGAAAUGCAAUGUCUAGAAAAUAAAGCUUCGAAAAAGUGAUGAAGUAGGCGUAAGACACAUAAAUGUACUAUAAAUCAGAGUAGUUCUCUAAUGCCUUCCUUGUAAGGAUUAGGCCUUAUUUUAUGUCUGGCAAGUUAAUAACAAACUUAAUUUAAUAGGAUUUCUGAAAAUUGUUUUGAAAUGGGAAAGGAAUCGAGCUGUAAGAUGUCAUAGAUCGGGCAUCGUACUGGGAAACGUGAAACAGUACUAUGAUUAUUUCAAAUUUAGUAAAAGUGACAUAAGGUUGUGAUGCAAGAGAUCAUGACGUCUUUUAGCCAGAACUGAUUUUUUUGAAAGUUUGAAAUUUAUAAAAAAAUUGAAAAUAUUGGGUUGUUUAAAUAAUUCUGUGCUCUUUAACCCCGAAAAUUUGUUUUGAAAGGGGGCCCAAAAUUAUUUGAACAAACUAAUAUUUGAUUCUAUAAAAACGAAUACUCAAACAAUCAAAAAGUAUUUUAAUUUCAAACCCUGAUACAUUACAAUGGCUGUCACAAGCCUAUACUAGUUGAAAUUGGCAAUACUUUAUCCUUUAAGUAGCGACAAAAAGGGAAAAAACAAUUCGAAUGGGCCAAAAGUUAAAUCUGGUGGAAUCCGAGUACCCAAAAGCAGAUACCGGCUUGCACGUGCCGUGUACGUGAUGUCAAAAGUGGCUAAUUUUGACACAAAUAAAGGGAACAGCAACUUAGUGCACUAAAAAUGGCACAGAUUUGCAGAGAAAUGGGCAAUUUUUAUAGCCUUGGUCAUUAAAGUUAUUCUAAAAUUUGAAAAAAAUUAUAUUCAUUAAGGAUAAUAUAUAUUGAUUAGGCAUAAUACCACGGUUCUUAAAGUAUUAACCAUGCACAUCACGCACCAAAAACAAAAAAUCUCAAAAAACCAUUAAGAAAAGCUAUAUUAUUCUAUUAUUUUGACGCCAUUUUGGAAUCAAAUUCAAUGGUCGGGCCAUGUUCUGUGGCCUAGCUGAUAAACAAGACUUUAAAUAAUUUUAAAAAUUUUGGAAUAAGGAAGAAAUUGAAAAACAAAGGCAUAUUAAGGUUUUGAAUUUAGUUAACGAAGUGUAUAAUAUGGUUUACAAUAGAAUCGUCUUUAAGCCUGCUACAGAGUCGACACUGUUCGGUUGCUUAAAGCGCAAGAAAUGAACCUACAAGGCUAUAGUUAUGGCUUUUAUACCGAGCUGGGCUUAUUUUUAGGUGUGGGCAGGUAAAUUUUCACCCUUAGGGUUAAAACUUUCAAGUACACGGUCAAGUAGGCCUAUAUUUAAAAAAAUUCAUACUCAAGGUAUGACAAUAUAAAAACUUAUAUAAAAAGAAUAAUAUAAAACAAUAUUAAGUACAAACUACCAUAUUAUGCCAAUAUAAAGCAACACAUUGCACUACAAAAAACCCACCAACCCCGGAGGCAGUAAAAACAGAAGAGUGGGGUUUGAAGGAGGACUGGCUGAUGGGCUAAUCUGAGUGAUUAAAGGUCUAAUUCUGGCUUCCCAAUUAAUCCCGACGACAUUGUAAUGGGCGACAUUCGAAACUCUUUUUGUAACAAAUUAACGAGUAUUUUUGCACGAAAUCCGAUACUAGGCCAGGAAGCAUUCUUGGCCAGGAAUCUUCCUUGGCUAGCAAUUCGAAUGUCUUUACAAUGAUAGUCGUUGAGGAAGGCAACAAGGAUCUAUAACAAUAUCAGAGGUGUUCCAUUGUAAAAUGGCGUUUUACGUUUGAUCGAGGAAAUAGCUAUGUUACAAUGCGUUGUAAAGGUGUAAAAAUUUGUACUUUGAAUUUCAAAACAAAUAGGGAUAGGAAGUUUAGAAGAGGCUUUGUGAACGAGUCUCCUUGUAAAAAAGGACCCAUUCACAAAAAACGUUCUUUUCUUGUAACUGGGCUUUGGUUAAAUCUUUUGAAUAGUAAAACAUGUAACGUUUUACUGUGUAGUAGAAUUAUAUGUAACAGUAAUGUAAGAGAUCUUGUCAAGGAUUACAGAACGUAAAAGGUUGUGACCUUAUGAAGGAUAUAUUAGCGUUACUUUACACACCGCACAGUAGGGAUAUAUUAAGAUGACUUUAACAUUGGGCACGUACUUUACAAUGUCUCGAGUUUACAACGAAUAUGUGUAACAUCAAAGAACGAGCAGUAUUGUUAAUUUUUUGCUAUGUUAACAUGGAUAAUAUGCCAAAAAUGUACUUUUAAAACAACAAAACAUAAAUAUUGUUGUAGCAUUGUCAGAAUCUUUAUAAUUAACGUCAUUUUCAGCCAAAUUUGAGUCUCGUUUCUAUAAAAAGCGUUCCUUGGAAGAAUCGACCGAGAAGGAGAAACCGAAGCCGGAAAAGAAGAUGCUUCUGAAGCCGAUAUUCUACGAUUACAACAAGCACAACCCGGCCAAGAAAGACAGUAAGAAGAGCAGCGGGAAGAGCGAUGAGGAGGGAUCAGCCGCCGAGCUAGCUAACUUGUCUACUAUUGGGUUGGUCGGGUCGCCUACGGUCACGGUAUCGCCCAAGGUUACGGUAAGUGGGUGAUGGCGUGAAAAGUCAUUUUUAAAACGUUAAUUUGUAAACUUAUAUAUAAGUCAAAAGAUCUUUGGCCGAUGUUAUAGUUAAAACAGCGGGGUUGCUAAGAGGGAUUGUGUCGCUUGAGGCUAAGGUCGUUAUUACUAGAUUUUGAGAAUACAGUAAACCUUAUAAAAAUUGAAAAAAACGUCAAUAUUUAUCAUUUUGAAAAGAUAAUAGCUGGUGUCAAACAUAUUUUCGGAUACGUAUAUGUUGUUAUGCCAGCCGAGUGUUCACAGUUUUGUAAAUAAUUAGCCGCUACUUCCAGCUAGCCGAAUUCCGUCUUAAUUAACAAAAACAAAAGUACAUUUAUAAGCUUUGGCAUAUAGUAUUUUUGGAAAUUUGAUGAUUACAAAGAUUUUUUGAAACAAUUUUGAAAAUUUAGGUAAUAAACUUAAAUUUAACACAGUAAGUUGGUGGCACAUCAGUAAUGUUGAGUUUACUAUGAAAAAUAUUGUUCUACAUCUCUAAAUGAAUCUAAUGUUACUUUUUCAGUCGUCAGAUACUCGUAAGCGAAAGAUAGCAUCAAGUCCUGGAGGCACAGCGUCGAAGCGGCCAAGCCAGACUAGCCUAAUGGCUUUGAAGAAACGGCCUGGACCGCCUGCAGCAAAGAAACUCAGGUUAAUGGCUGCUGGUGAGUAUAAUAUGAUACAUACGGGUAAAGAAUUGGUUUAGCUCGUGCACGUUCAUUGUCGGAGAAUGCUAUGAACAUUACUAUCAAGUCCGUGAUGGCUGGAGCCGAACCCUUGAAAGUGAGAGUCAGCAAAGAUGCGACAGUAGCCCAGCUGAGAAGAACCGUGAAUCAGAAAAUGCAGGGGAAGUCAAAGUUUACACUGUCGUAUCAGGGAAAGGAGUUGUCGUAGGUUGACUAAUAUGUAUCUAUGCUUGUACUUGUGUGUAUUAAAGGUUACGCAAGUUUAUAUUUUCAUUUACAGUAGACCCGUAUACUUAUGUAGAGUAGACUCAUGUGUCGUUUCAGACCAGAAGACAGUUCGCUAUCGUCGCACGGUGUAGAAGAAGGAGCCGAGAUUCAGAUUUACGUCAAAUCGAAGACGGGUUCUGUAGACAGGGAAGAGAUCGCCAAGUUACUGAGUCUGGGAAAGACCUUGAGUAUGUUCAGAGAGAUUGUCAACAACAUGCCAUCUUCUACCGAGGACUUGGAGCCAAAGUCAAGGUUUGUGUCGUAUAUAUUUAAAAAAACUCGCAUCUUAUUAUUGUACUGUAAAUGUUGUGUAUUGUACUGUAGAUGUUGUGUUGUGUAACCUUAUUCUAGGUGAUGUCUUGUAAUGUAUAAUAUUUUUUGCUGAGUAAGGUUGUUUUAACACUAAAUUAUGUUGCAAAUAUAAUAUAUUAUAAUACGGUGGUGACUAUACGAAAACAGUUUCAGUGGAAGAGCCGAGCCAAAACCGACUAAACAGUCGUUGGAAUCCGAGAAUCAGAAGACCAAACGGAAGAUGGAGCAAUUGAUAGUAGGUUUUGUAAAAUACGAUGUUAGUAUAUAAAGUAUGAUGAUAUUAUCUUUUAUAAAAGUAUUAAAUGCAGAGGUUUUUAAUUCUUGACUAGUUAACUAAUGUUUUAGGAGAAGAUGCGCGGCCGUAGAGAAAGAGAGGAAUCUGAACAUGCGUUGACAAAGAAGUCGAACAAGGUCUUCGGACGUAGAUCGGAUUCUGAUGGUGCUGACGCUGGGUAUGGUAGUUUUUAUUUUGUUUUUUGGCUUUGGGAUGGUAUAGUAAUUAAUAAAUUGAUAUUAAUGUUUAAAACCUUAAUUUUAAUAUCUUCAAGUUUAGAAGUGUAUACAGUGAUGUCGCUGAGACCCACGCAGAGGCUACAGAAAUGAUCGGAGAUCGUUUGACUAGAAAAGAAUUGUCAUUGUACUAUGAUCCAAUGGAAUCGACUGGAAUUGCUCAGAUCAGAGAGACCAUUCUCAUGGAUGUGGCCACCAACAAAGAGGAUAUCAGAGCGGUAAAAACAUAACAGUUUUUUAUUGUAAUUUGUAUUUUAUUGUGUUAGGUUGUCCAAAUAAUUUAGUGCUCUUCUCAAAGCAACUUUUCGAAUUUAGGGGGCACAGAAUUAAUUGAAUAACUUAAUAUAAAAACUGUAAGGUUUGAUUAUACGAUAGCUAUCAGACUUUUGUCGUAUUCACAGCAUAUUGAUAACUCUUCAGGUGCGUGAAGAGUUUGCCACCAAUCGAUGUGCUCUCUGCUACACGAAACUGAAGAAGUUGUCGUUGUGCGCAAUGAAGUGUCGUUGCAACAAGGUCUACUGUGCCACUCAUCGCAAUCCAGAUGCUCACAAGUGCUCCGUGGACUUGAAGGAAGUGGACCGGCAAAGGCUUGAGGCCACGACAAAAAGGGCCAAGUCUCCGCCUAAAAAACUCUGA